CCGGGGCCGGAAGCGCCGUCGGAGCGGGAGGACGCGCGCGGCGGGGCGGCGGCGAUGGAGCCGGGCUCGGCGGGGCCGGUGGCGGUGGGCGCGCCGGCCUUCUCCCCGGAGUGGAUGGCCUGCCUGCUGGCGGAGGCCGAGGCGCUGCUGGCCGAGCGGGUCUCGGGGCCGGUGCGGGCGCGCUGGCGGCGGGAGGUGAAGCUGCCGCGGAUGAGCCUGGAGGGCUGCCUGGAGCAGCUGAGCGAGGCGCGGCGCGGCCGGGAGGCGCUGCUGGCGCGGGUCGGGCCGCUCUCGGAGCCGCAGCAGGAGCGGCUGCAGACCUUCCUGCGGCUGGAGAUGGCGCUGCUGCGGGAGAUGCGGGCGCUGCGCGAGAGGGCCCUGGCCUCCGCCUUCGCCAUCGCCAAGAAGGGGGAGCCGCCCCCGGCGCAGCAGCACCAGCAGCAGCAACCGGCGGCGGCGGCCCCGACGCAGACGGCGGGCCUGGGCCGGCCGGAGGAGGGAGGCGGCGCGCGGGUGGUGUCGGCGGCCGAGGCGGCCUCGCAGGCCAAGGCGGCGGCGCAGCGGGAGGCGCUGGCGGAGGCGCUGUGGGAGCCGGGCGGCGUCGGGGCGAUGAUCGCGCGGAGCGGGGACCUGCAGCUGGCGCUGGAGCAGCUGGUGGGCGAGCGGCUGGGCGAGGCGCUGCGCGGGCUGGAGCAGGCGGUGCGCGGGGAGGGCCGGGCGCGGGUGCGGCAGCUGCUGGGCCUGCGGGACGCGCUGCUGGAGCAGGAGGGCGGCUGGGCCGAGCGCGCCGGGGCGCUGCGCGGGGAGGCGCGGGGGCUGCUGCGCGGGGCCGGGCGGCCGCGGGCGCUGCGGGAGAAGGCGGCGGCGCUGCGCGACUGCCUGGCCGAGGCGCCGCUGGAGGAGCUGCGGCCGGCGCUGGAGAAGGCGCUGGCGCUGCUGGAGAAGACGGACAGCUGGUGGGUGGCCUGGCUGGAGAAGGCGCUCUGGGCAGCCCCGCUGGAGGAGGCCGAGGCGGCCCGGCGGGAGGCGCAGGCCCUGAGCGCCGCCCUGCAGGAGCAGCCGCCGGGGGACGACCAGGAGGAGGAGGAGGAGGAGGCGGAGGCGGCGGGGCUGCUGCUGCUGCGCGCCCUGCAGCCCGAGGGCUCGGAGGGGUCGCCGCCGCCGCCCUCCCCGCGGUGGGGCUCGCUGGAGGAGAUGCGCGACGCCCUGCAGAGCGCGCCCUUCGACGAGGUCUUCGCCCUGCUGAAGCAGCCGCGGGCGCUGCGCCAGGCGCUGCCGGAGAGCCCCGGGGCGGAGGAGCCGGUGGAGCUGGCGGGCGUGCUGGGGCCGCUGCAGGAGGCCUUCUGGCGGGCGCGGCCGGGCGCCUGGCGGGAGCAGCUGAGCGGCCUGCGGAGCGGCGGCUGGGAGGAGGCGGCGGCGGCGCUGCUGGAGAAGGUCUGGGCGCUGAAGACGGAGGCCUUCCUGAUGGCCGCCGACCUGGACCGCGAGGAGAAGGUGGCGGCGCUGGCCGAGGAGCUGCGGGAGCUGCGCGAAGCCGCCGCCGCCGCCCCGCUGGCCGACCGGGAGGCGCUGCGGGAGGCGCUGGCGGCGCUGCGGGCGGCCCUGCACGCUCUGCCCGUGCGGGAGGUGCUGCUGCUGCGCGCCCGGGCCAAGGCGCUGCGCAAGGCGGCCACCGACUUCUGGCUGGAGCCGCUGGCCGAGCCCGACGCGCUGCUGGGCGAGGCGGAGGCGCUGCGGGAGGCGCUGGCCGGGUCGGCGCUGCGGGAGGCGCUGGGCGCCAAGGCGGAGGAGCUGCGCGGGGCGCUGCGCGAGAUCGCCAAGAAGAAGAUCAGCGUGCUCUCCUACUACCUGUGGAACGUGCUCUGGAGCCCCCUCUGGAAGAAGGUGGGCGACAUGCAGCGCGCCCUCUGGAAGACGCCGCGCAAGGAGGAGGGCGCCGUGCAGGAGAAGCUGGCCGACCUGGAGCACGCGCUGGACGAGAUCCUGGAGGACAACCUCAGCGGCCUGCCCCGCAUCCUCUACGCGCUGCCGGGCAUCGUGACGGCCCUGCAGAAGAAGGUGCACGCCGUGCGCGAGAGCCUGCAGGAGACGCCGCCCGAGAUGGCCGUGGCGCUGCAGGGGAAGGUGGUGGCCAUGCAGGAGGCGCUCUGGAAGAUCCCCUUCAAGGAGGCCCACCUCAUGCAGGAGGACCUCAAGGCCUACUGCCUGGCCCUGCAGAGGAAGGUGGAGGCCUGGUGGGCGCGCAGCCCCGAGGCGGCCCCGGCCAAGGCGGCCCCCAGGAUGGAGAGACGGGAGGCCGGCUGGACCAGGAGCUCCGCCUGCGAGACAGCCGCCGAUCCAGGGGACGCUGAGAUUGGAGGAUCCAGGCAGCCGACCGCUUCCCCUCCAGCAGCAACACCUGAGGUGCCAAACCCCCCCACCGGAGAAGCCGCCCCCACGGUUCGGGCUGGGAGUUUCCAGUACUCUGCGCUCAAAGCCAUCCCACACUCCCACUUCCAGCAGAGGAAGGACUGGUACGAGAACACCGACCAGGACCUGCGCGAUUACGUGGUGCAGAGGCUGGUCCAUGCCAUCUUCCCUGCUUCUGACUUGGCCCUCCUGGAGGGUCGCCAGGUGGAGAAGGUGGUCUCCUACGCCAAGAAGGUGGAAGGGGACGUCUACCAGUCGACCAACCACUGGGACGUCUAUUGCUGCCUAAUUAUGGUGAAGCUCUUCAAGAUAGAGAAGGCGCUGAGGGAGAAGAGGACCACCCGGGCCCACAAACAAGCCACCGCAGACGGCCAGGCCUCGCCUGGGGCACCGGCCCAGCCGGGGUUGCCUCUCAGCAGUCAGCUGGCCGCCCCAGAAGUGCCUCUGAGCCCCACGCAGGACCCCCCAGUUGUCGGUCAGCUGAACCCCAUGUCCAUUUGGACCAUCCAGAGCUCCCCCACUUCGCUGGACCCCCCGGCGGCCUCUCCGAUGGACCCGCCUGCUCAGACUCACGACGAGGAAGCGGCUCUGACGAUGGCCGCCUCUCCCCCUUGGAUGCCUCAGCCCCAAAGCGCCCCGAGGGCCUCUUCGGGCACCUUCCCGAGUCCCCCUCUGGCCCCCGGCCACUUCCUGCCCCCGCACCUCUUCCCUGCCCCCCUGGGAACUCUGGAGACCAGCGGGGGCCUCCUGGGGGAAUCGCCUCUGCAGGGAGGAGGAGGAGUCCAGGGUCUGGAUCCGGGCUCCCCCCUCUCUUACUCCGCGCCCACCGUGGCCCCUCUUCCCCCUCACGCCUUGCCAGGGGCCCAGAGCCACAGUGCAUCCUCGGGGCCGAUGGUGGCAGCAGCACCAGGCCUGAGCCCAGAGCCCCCUCCACGUCAGCAGCAGCCCCCACCGCCCUGCCCAAAGUCAGCCCCGGGCCCUGGCACCCUGGGGGAGCCCUAUUUUGGGACCAGAGAGGCCUCCUCCCACGGACUGCUUGGUAAACGUCGGAGGCUGGCCGAAGGGGGCUGGAGGGCACCCCCUGCCGGCACCUCUCCCUCAGCCCUGCCCGAUGCCCCAGCGCAGCCGUCUCCGGUGACGCUCGAGUCCCUGCAGCGCUCGCUGGAGGACCUGCGGAUAUCCAUCCUAGGCAACUUGGGAGCCGUGCACAGGCAGGUGGAGGCCCUGGAGAAGAGGAUCCAGACGCUGGAGCGCUGGCGGGCAGAGACGGAGGGGCGCCAGCAGCUGCCGCAGCCGUAGCCACCAGCCGGGCUCCCCUCCCGCUCCUCCUUUCCGUGUACAGAAGGCCCCGUUCUCAGGACAGCUCCUCCUCCGCUUCACUUUUUAUUCCUCAACGUGUCAAACGGAAGACAAUUUCCGCUCUGUUCCUUGGACGGCAGUGCCUGGUCGGUGGAGACGGGCCUCCCCAGCACAUCCCUCCCCCCCACCGUACUCCAUCCGCUGCCGGACGGCCGUGGUGCCCAGGGAUGGGACAGCCUCUGAAGCCGAGGGGGAAGGCUGUGGAAGCCGAGGCUGCUCCAGAAAGUGCCCAGCCGUCACUGGGUCCCGGAGAGAGAAAGUGUGUGUUUGUGGGAGAGGAUCUCCGGGGAGGGCACAGGGGCCGAGGCCAGUGACAGGCCGUGGGAAGCCCCAGUGGGAACUGGGCUGCUCUGGCCAGUCUGGGUGGUGGGUUGGCAGCCUCCUUGCCUGGAAGGUCAGCUCUGAACUGCGUCCGCUCACGCCUGACUGGGAGCGUCCUGGGACUUCACCUCCUCCUCCUCCUCCAUGAAUGUCGCUGUCUUGGAAGAGACGGACGUGGACAGCAGUUUCAACCCUGCAAGUGGCCUCCUCCUCCUCUUCGGCCCAGGGUCGUCUUGCCUGCCGAGCGAGGGUGUCUGUGCCAGCUCUGAGUGGGAGGGAAGGCUGUGUGGACGGCCGGGAGCGAGGGCCACCUGGACGCUGGCGGUAGGCCCACCUGAGCGCGGAAGGGCAGGUGGGGAAUUCGCUCCAUCCGGUUUGUGGUUUUUGAUGCCAGGCGGUUUGUUUGGGAAGGGAAAGGUUUGGGAAGGGACCCGCUCUGCAUGCCGGCCGCGAAGACGAAGGACUGUGAAGGCGGCACAAUCUGCCUGUCCCUCAUGAAGUCACCUCUACGGGUGGGAAAUGACCUCCUCUAGGGGGCUUCAACUCUGCCAGGCUCUGCCGGACGUUUCCAAGGACGACGCUGUUGCAGGGGAAGAUCCGGGUUGGCCUCAGGGGGCCCGAGAACAGGGGGUUGCUUGGUCGCUCAAGAAGACUUCUGCCUUUUAAUAAAACAAUUUAAUAAAAUAAAAUAAAAACUGUUAGCUGGAAGAGA